GGAAAAAGCAGCUUCAAUCACCACCACCACCACCACCGGCGCCCAUAAACCCCGCGCCCCCCCACCACCCCCCGGGCCCCACUGGAAGCACUCACUGGGUCGGAUAAGUCUCUCAAAACACUCUAAAUUCUUUGAAUCGUCUAUAUAUGUAGGGAUGCCAUGUGAUAAAAAAGAGAAACAAUUUGCAGGAUCCGUUCUCCUUCAUCUUCAUCCUCCGUUCUUGAAGCGCUGUGAUUAAUUUCCCAUCUCCAUGGAUCCUGAAAAUCAUCAGCUUCAUGUGGUGUUUUUUCCAUUAAUGGCUCACGGCCACUUGAUCCCGUCCAUGGACAUGGCCAAGCUGUUCGCCGCGCGCGGUGUGAAAACUACCAUAAUCACCACGCCGGGCAACGCUCCUCUCUUUGCCAAAACAGUCGGAAGGAACAGAGCAGGCGGUGGUGCGGAAAUCAGCAUCAAAACAAUCAAAUUCCCCUCCGAAGAGGUGGGCUUGCCGGAAGGGUUCGAGAACCUGGACGCCGCCACCACGCCGGACCUUUCUCGGAAGUUCUUCGGGGCUACUUCCAUGCUCCAACGCCCGCUCGAGCAGUUCCUGGAAGAAUCCCGUCCCCACUGCCUUGUCGCCGACAUGUUCUUCCCCUGGGCUACGGAUGCAGCGGCAAGAUUUGGAAUUCCAACUUUGCUUUUCCAUGGAACUAGUUUCUUUUCUCUCUGUUCUAUGGCAUCGCUGAGACUCUACGAGCCUUACAAACGCGUUUCCUCCGAUUCCGAGCCGUUCAUCCUCCCCAAUUUGCCAGACGAGAUCAAAAUGACGAGGUUGCAAAUUCCGGAACACGAAAGGCUAAACAUCCAGAACGAUUUCACCAAAUUGCUGGAUCGAGCUCGGGAAGCGGAUCAGAGAAGCUACGGAGUUGUAGUAAACAGCUUCUACGAGCUUGAACCGGCUUAUGCCGAUCACUACAGGAAGGUAAUGGGAAGGAGGGCGUGGCACAUAGGGCCGGUUUCGCUCUGCAACAGAGGAAAUGAGGAGAAAGCAGAGAGGGGGAAGACGGCCGCCAUUGACGAACACGAGUGCUUGAAAUGGCUCAAUUCGAAGAAAUCCAAUUCAGUAAUCUACAUCUGCUUCGGAAGCGUGGCUAAAUUUCCUCCCUCUCAGCUGUUCGAAAUCGCCAGGGCUCUGGAAGCUUCAGGGCAGCAAUUCAUCUGGGUUGUGAGGAAGGGGAAGGACGAAGAAGAGGAAAAUCAAAACGAAGACUGGUUGCCUGAACAAUUCGAGGAGAGGAUAGAAGGAAAGGGAUUAAUCAUAAGAGGGUGGGCACCCCAAGUGCUGAUUCUUGAUCACGAAGCCAUUGGAGCAUUUGUGACUCACUGCGGGUGGAACUCUGUUCUGGAAGGGGUGUGCGCAGGGGUGCCGAUGGUGACUUGGCCAGUGUACGCAGAGCAGUUUUAUAAUGAGAAGCUGGUGACUCAAAUUCUGAGGAUUGGGGUGGCGGUCGGAGCUCAGAAAUGGAGCAGAGUGGUGGGAGAUAGCGUGAAGAGGGAAGCGAUUGAGAGGGCGGUGAGGAUGGUAAUGGCGGGGGAAGAAGCAGAGGGAAUGAGGAGCAGGGCAAAGGCACUGGGAGAAAUGGCAAAGAGGGCAGUUGAAGAAGGUGGAUCAUCUCACUCUGAUUUGAAUGCUUUGAUCGAGGAUUUGAGUUCGCGUCGCGCUUGAUUCAAGCAGGAAGGACUGUGUUUGUGAUCUGAUGUUUUUGCUGGAACAGUGGAAUGGUUCAUGCCGGAUGUGUUUGCGGCUCGGGGGAGAGUGAAGAUGAAGAGUCACCGAAGAAUGGUGUUGAUCACCUUCGUCUGAUUUUAUUUUUAUUUUUUCAAAUGGCAACAUAAAAUUUCUCCAUGCCAGUCCAUUCCAUUCCUUCUAUUACGUUGUUUGAGUUCCAAAGUUUUAUAAUAUUAUUUUAUUAAAAUUAAUUAAA